AUGCCAGGAACGGAACACGACGGGGAUACCAUGCAUCAAAGUACGAGUGGACAUCACCUUGGCCUUCGCAAUAACCACAAGCAACUGCUCUCGGCGCAUCGUAUUUUCUGUGCUGCGCCUCCAAUACAGCGAUUACGUCCUGGCAGACCUACCCAUAGCGCGAUCGAUCCUAUAACAUUACUCGCCACAGCAGCCAUUUCUGCCGGCAUUGCAUACUUUGCGACAGCAUAUAUCGAUAUUGAGAAGAACACAGAUCCUACUGGCGCAGCAGAAGUAGCAGACGAAGCGCAAGUCGCGCGAGGGGAGUUGGAGGCAGACGACAUGGCUGCACAAAUACCACCCGGACGACCUGGCAACCUAACGCCAGAUCAAGAAGUGAAGCUGAGGGAGAUGUGGUCAGCCACUCUAGACGUCUUCGGAGUGGCCCACGAGACCGACCACACCGAAUCCAACGGCACAUCCACACCCUCCAGCGAAGCAGCACCCGAGACGAAGAAGAAAAGUAGAAUGUCCCUCUUCGGCAAGAAAAAGAACAGACUCUCCACCGCCUCCACCACCUCUGACGGCGACACCAACGACAAAUACGGCCAGACCAAAGAAUUCCAACAAGCCCUCGCCUCACAAACCCCGGAACAACUCCGAGAAGCCUUCUGGUCCAUGACCAAACACGACCACCCGGACGCCCUCCUCCUCCGCUUCCUCCGCGCCCGCAAAUGGGACGUCCAAGCCGCCCUCAUCAUGCUCGUCUCCACCAUGCAAUGGCGCAGCACCGAAAUGCACGUCGACGACUCCAUAAUGUCGCAAGGCGAAUCCCACGCCCUCUCCGAAACCCUCUCCUCCAACGCAGCUGAGAAGAAGGAAGGCGCGGACUUCAUGGCCCAGUUAAGAAUGGGUAAAUCCUUCCUCCACGGCACCGACAAGGAUGGUAGAGCGUGUUGUUAUGUGCGAGUGAAAUUGCAUCGGCAGGGCGAGCAGAGCGAACGGAGUCUGGAGAGGUUCACCGUGUACACGAUAGAAACCGCGCGGAUGAUGCUCCGACCGCCCGUUGAUACGGCGACGAUUGUGUUUGAUAUGACGGGAUUUUCGAUGGCGAAUAUGGAUUACACGCCGGUGAAGUUCAUGAUCAAGUGUUUUGAGGCGAACUACCCGGAAUCGCUGGGCUCGGUGCUAGUCUACAAAUCUCCCUGGAUUUUUCAGGGGGUGUGGAAGAUUAUCAAGGGGUGGUUGGAUCCCGUGGUGGCGGCUAAAGUGCAUUUUGCAGGAGAUGUGGAUGAGUUGAGUCAGUGGAUCUCAAAGGCACAGAUCCCGAAGGAACUGGGCGGGAACGAGGACUGGACAUACUCCUACGUCGAGCCUAUCGAGGGUGAGAAUAAAGCCAUGUCCGACACGGCAUCCCGGGAUCAAGUCCUCGCCGAGCGUAAAGAGCUCGUGUCAAGCUACGAGCAUGAAGUCUCUUCGUGGGUUGCAGGUGAGGGUAGUGGCGAAGGCCGAUCACGCAUCGCGCAGAGGCUGGCAGAGAACUACUGGCGCGCGGAUCCGUUCCUGCGGGCGAAGAGCCUGUACGACAGGACGGGCGUGAUAGGGCAGGGUGGGAGACUGGACUUUUAUCCUGGAGCUGCGUCGGCAUCCAGUGGUGGGCAUCAUGAUGAGGUGGACUAG